AUGGCCGCAGCCACCGCUUCGCCGCCCCCAACUGCAACUUCUCCCAGCUCGCCAAGUCAACGAGACUCAGUUUCCAUACCACAGGCCCUAUCACCACCGAGGAAGCCAGUCGCAGGGACCGUGCGGAAGCCCGUACCGCAGGCAGCUCCAGCGGUCGUUUCUGCAGAGGUAGCAUCACCGCAGGAAGCUCCGGUGUCUCCCGGCCAGACGAACUCGGCGCAUGAUAGCUGGUCUCAGCCACUUGACCUGAGCUUCAACUUGAAUCUCAACGAUGCGCCUCAACAACCAGAGCUUCCGUUCCUUGAAACCUCAAAGCAACAGUCGUCCCAGGAUGACGUCUCUAGCCCGACUGCUGCUGAGAGCAACCUGCCCACACCUGACCGCGCCCCUCCGCCUAUUCCACCUGCCGCUACGGUCAAUGGAACCGAUUCGGCUGCUACGAGCCCUCGGGAUCUUGUGCGAAAGGAGGAAGUGGACAGAAACAGCCGUGAGUCCGAUGAGACGACCAACCCCUCCCAAGAGCCUAUUUCUUUCAAAUCAUCGGCAACAACGAGCGCAAGCUCAUUAUCGGGUAUAAACGAGGGACCAGAGUACAUCCCCGACGAAGACUCUCCCGGCAGCUCCAUCAUCGAGGGCAACUUGCCUCGAGGCGCGUCGAUGCAGCAGCUUCAGUAUCGCAAGCAGGAAUAUCCACCCCGCGUAUCAAGUGUUCCGAACGAUGGCAUUCGCACUCCCUCCAACCCGGAAUUGGUGGACAGCGCAGGCAAUAUCAAGCGCCACCUGACUCCCACGUCCAACAACAUAAGCAGAAGCUCCCUGCCGCGUCCCCAAUCUGCCUACUCUGUGCUCUCUGAGGGGCAGCGAGGGCGGUCGCCUGCUUUGAUGCCUGGUGGCUCACAUAUGCGCGCUCCGUCAGUCCAGUCGCGAAAGUCGCCUGAUGUCCGUAAUUCUACAUAUGCCGAGCUUCUCAAUGUUCCUUAUCCCCAGCAGGCUCCCCCGCCCAUCACUAUGGACAACUCGGGGCUUCGUGGUGUCGUGGGCAACAAUGCCUCGCUGCUCAGUGUACAGAAGACACUUGAGAUGUACCGUCAGAAUGUCAAGAAAACCAACGAUUUUACUGUUCAGUAUUCUUUCGCUGUCUUCUUGAUUUCUGGCCGCAAGAAUAGCCCGCAGCCGUUCCGCGAUCUGGACAGCCCCAUUGUUGAAGCCACCGUGGCUAGCCCUACUGAACUGUACUACCUGGCCGAUGGUUAUGCCUCUGGGCUCUUUAACAAAGGCAAAGAAGACUACAACCAAGCGUUCCCUCUCUUUGUCCUUGCCGCCAAGCAUGGCCACGCCGAGUCCGCAUACCGAACUGCUCUUUCUUAUGAGUUUGGCUGGGGUUGCCGAAAGGACCCUGCUAAGGCGGUUCAGUUUCUACGCACGGCUGCCUCUAAGAGGCACCCGGGAGCCAUGACCCGCCUCGGCAAGGCAUGCCUUUCCGGAGAUUUGGGCGAGAAGAGGUAUCGUGAAGGUAUCAAGUGGCUGAAGCUGGCUGCAGAGUCUGCUGAUGCGCAGUACAACGCCGCCCCUUACCAGCUGGGAUGUUUGUACGAGACGGGCUAUGGCGACGAUAUAUUUCUCGACCUCAACUAUGCGGCUGAGUUGUAUACACAGGCUGCAGAGCUGGGCCACCCAGAGGCCAACUUCCGCAUGGGUGACGCUUAUGAGCAUGGUCAUCUCAACUGUCCGCGAGACCCGGCGCUUAGCGUUCACUUUUAUACUGGUGCUGCUGAACGUGGACACGCUCCCGCCAUGAUGGGCUUGUGUGCCUGGUACAUGGUUGGUGCUCCGCCGAUGCUAGAAAAGGACGAGGAAGAGGCUUAUGAGUGGGCUCGCCGGUCUGCCGAUAUGGGUUACGUCAAGGCUCAGUACGCCAUUGGAUACUUUACGGAGAUGGGCAUUGGCUGCAGACGAGACAUUCUGGAAGCUAAUGUUUGGUACGUCAAGGCUGCAGACGCAGGCGAUGAGAGAGCCAAGCAGCGGUUAUCCAUCAUCCAAGCAGCUGUGAGCGGCCAGGGAACUCCCAUGGAAGUUGGCGCCCCGAGAAACGGCAAAUUAGCAAAAGGAGGCAAAGACGACAAGGACUGUGUUGUCAUGUGA